AUGGCGACCGAAACUGCGACAAUGCUCAUGCCAGAGAAGCGCCGCCUCCCAAAAGACCCAAACCUUCCACCAGAGAAUGAACGGUAUCUCAGAGCCUGUUCCGAUGUGGCGAGCGCGCUCAUUCAAGAGCACGAAGCACAGCAGGACCCCUCCAAGCCGAAAAAGGAUAUCAAUUUGAACAGCUUACGAGCAAGAAUGUCCAAGAAACACAGAUUAAGCAAUAUCCCGCCCCUUACAGCAAUUAUUGCCGCUAUUCCAGAGCAUUAUAAGAAAUAUAUCCUGCCGAAGCUGAUUGCAAAGCCAAUCAGAACUUCUUCUGGAAUCGCAGUUGUGGCUGUGAUGUGCAAACCCCACAGGUGCCCUCAUAUUGCAUAUACAGGAAAUAUUUGUGUUUACUGUCCUGGUGGCCCAGAUUCUGAUUUCGAAUACUCAACACAAUCAUACACUGGUUACGAGCCGACGUCUAUGCGGGCCAUCCGAGCCCGAUACGAUCCAUAUGAACAAGCAAGAGGACGGGUGGACCAGAUCAAGUCCCUGGGCCACAGCGUGGAUAAGGUGGAGUAUAUCAUUAUGGGAGGGACAUUUAUGUCUUUGGCGGAAAGUUAUCGAGAAAGCUUCAUCUCACAAUUACACAAUGCUCUGAGUGGAUAUCAAGGCACAAACGUGGACGAAGCUGUGCAAGCCGGCGAGAUGAGCAAUAUUAAGUGUGUCGGUAUUACAAUCGAAACACGGCCGGAUUACUGUUUGCAACCCCACCUUACCGACAUGCUGAGAUAUGGCUGCACGAGAUUAGAGAUUGGGGUGCAAUCGCUAUACGAAGAUGUUGCAAGAGAUACCAAUAGAGGACACACCGUCGCCUCAGUAGCGGAGACUUUCUGCUUAGCAAAGGAUGCCGGCUUCAAGGUCGUCAGUCAUAUGAUGCCUGACCUUCCAAACGUCGGGAUGGAGAGGGACUUGGACCAGUUCCGCGAAUACUUUGAGAGCCCUGCUUUCCGAACAGAUGGCCUGAAAAUCUAUCCUACUCUCGUUAUCCGAGGGACUGGUUUAUACGAGCUAUGGAGGACUGGGCGGUACAAGAACUACACACCGAAUGCGCUCAUCGAUAUAGUGGCUCGUAUUUUGGCGUUAAUUCCUCCAUGGACGCGAAUCUACCGUGUUCAGAGAGAUAUUCCGAUGCCAUUGGUGACUUCAGGGGUUGAGAAUGGCAACCUACGAGAAUUGGCGUUGAGCAGAAUGAAAGACUUCGGAACCACCUGCCGCGAUGUUCGCACGCGCGAAGUUGGAAUCAACGAAGUGAAGAAUAAGAUUCGUCCUUCGCAGGUCGAGUUAGUCCGUCGCGACUACGCGGCAAAUGGUGGCUGGGAGACUUUCUUGGCCUAUGAAGACCCGAAGCAAGACAUUCUGAUCGCCUUGCUUCGUCUUCGCAAGUGCUCCCCAACUCACACUUUCAGGCCCGAAUUGACCGGCCAACAAACUAGUAUGGUCCGCGAGCUCCAUGUUUACGGCUCUGCAGUUCCGGUUCAUGCCAGAGACCCAAGAAAGUUCCAGCAUCAGGGUUAUGGUACAUUGCUGAUGGAAGAGGCGGAGCGCAUCGCCAGAGACGAGCAUGGUAGCACAAAGAUCAGCGUCAUUUCAGGCGUUGGGGUUAGAUCUUACUACGCAAAACUUGGAUAUCAUUUGGAUGGUGUAUAUAUGUCGAAGGAUAUCAAGAGUCUGGAAUGCGAUGACAGCGAUGACGAGUUCUAA